AUGAAAGAAUUGCCUAAACAUCCUGAAAUACUGAUGGAAAAUGCAUCUGAUGAAAAUAACAUCAAACUUAUGGCAUUUCAAGACAUAGGGAGUAAUAAGUACAUGUAUUACUUUCUUGCAUUAAUAGUUUAUAUUUUGAUUAUUCUGUUUAAUUGUUCAAUAAUUAUUGUAAUUUUUCUGGACAAAGGCUUGCAUGAACCCAUGUACAUUUUUCUAUGCAAUUUACUCCUUAGUGAACUUGUUGGAUCAUCAAGCUUUUACAUAAAAUUCUUAUUUGAUAUUCAAACAGAUAUACAGGUAAUUUCUCUCCCUGCUUGCUUUAUUCAGAUUUCUAUCAUUUCUCUUUAUAUUUCAGUUGAAAUAUCAAUUUUAAUGGUUAUGGCUCAUGACAGAUAUAUAGCAAUAAAUUUCCCUUUACACUAUAUUAGUUUAAUUUCAACUAGAAAAAGAGAAGUAAAUGCUAUAACUUUAUUUGCUUCUCUAGAAUUUUUAACAGUUCCUCCUCUUUUAAAUCCGUUAAUCUAUGGGAUCAUCUUACCUGGUAUACGGAAAAGAUUUAUUUACAUAAUUUCUUCUAAAAUCAAAUAA